UGUAGCUGCUUGUAGACCUUAAGUUCUCGUUUCAGUUACCGAUCUUGAUCCAUCCUGAGGUGCUGGAGGCAGUGUCUCUCCCCCCCACCCGUUGCCAUGGCUCCCAAAGACAUCAUGACCAACUCUCAUGCCAAGUCCAUCCUUAACGCCAUGAAUGCCCUGCGCAAGAGCAACACAUUGUGUGACAUAACACUGAGGGUGGAGAACACAGAUUUCCCUGCUCAUCGCAUCGUGCUGGCUGCCUGCAGCGACUAUUUCUGUGCCAUGUUCACCAGCGAGCUUGCUGAAAAAGGAAAGUCUUUUGUGGACAUUCAAGGCCUGACUGCAUCCACCAUGGAGAUCCUUUUGGACUUUGUGUACACGGAGACAGUCCUGGUUACCGUGGAGAACGUACAGGAACUGUUGCCAGCUGCAUGCCUGCUGCAGCUGAAAGGUGUUAAGAGGGCUUGCUGUGAUUUCCUCGAAAGUCAACUGGACCCAUCCAACUGCCUUGGCAUCCGGGACUUUGCCGAAACACACAACUGCAUGGACCUGAUGCAAGCUGCUGAGCUUUUCUCACAGAAGCAUUUCCCUGAGGUGGUUCAGCAUGAAGAGUUUAUGUUACUCAGCCAAAGCGAAGUGGAGAAGCUCAUUAAAUGCGAUGAAAUCCAGGUGGACUCUGAGGAACCUGUUUUUGAGGCUGUCCUGAACUGGGUAAAACACAACAGGAAAGAGAGAGAGCCUUACCUGCCAGACAUGCUGGAGUAUGUACGAAUGCCCCUCCUCACCCCCCGCUACAUUACUGAUGUCAUCGACACGGAGCCCCUCAUCCGGUGCAGUCUGCCCUGUCGAGAUCUUGUGGACGAAGCCAAGAAGUUCCAUCUGAGACCAGAGCUUAGGAGCGAGAUGCAGGGGCCUCGAACUCAAGCACGACUAGGUGCCAAAGAAGUUCUGCUUGUCAUUGGGGGAUUUGGCAGUCAGCAGUCCCCUAUUGACAUUGUAGAGAAGUAUGAUCCCAAAACCCAGGAAUGGAGUUUUUUGCCUAACAUUACUCGGAAAAGACGAUAUGUGGCCACAGUGUCGCUUAAUGAUCGGGUGUACGUGAUUGGUGGAUAUGACGGACGGUCGCGGCUCAGUUCGGUGGAGUGUCUAGACUAUACUGCCGAUGAAGACGGAGUAUGGUACACAGUCGCCACUAUGAAUGUUCGCCGUGGCUUGGCAGGAGCCACCACUCUUGGAGACAUGAUCUACGUGGCUGGUGGGUUUGAUGGCAGUCGACGUCACACUAGCAUGGAACGAUAUGAUCCCAAUAUAGAUCAGUGGAGCAUGCUGGGAGAUAUGCAAACAGCCAGAGAAGGAGCUGGUCUUGUGGUUGCCAGUGGGCUGAUCUACUGUUUAGGGGGCUAUGAUGGUCUGAAUAUCCUAAAUUCAGUGGAGCGUUAUGAUCCUCACACUGGCCACUGGACAAGUGUUACACCCAUGGCCACCAAACGCUCAGGGGCCGGGGUGGCUUUACUCAACGAUCACAUCUACGUGGUUGGUGGCUUUGAUGGCACAUCGCACCUGGCCUCUGUUGAGGUGUAUAAUAUUCGGACAGACUACUGGACAACAGUGGCCAGCAUGACUACUCCACGCUGCUACGUAGGGGCCACAGUCCUUAGAGGAAGACUAUAUGCCAUAGCGGGAUAUGACGGCAACUCCUUGCUCAGCAGCAUUGAAUGUUAUGAUCCAGUGAUUGACAGCUGGGAGGUGGUGACUUCCAUGGCGACGCAGCGUUGUGACGCAGGCGUUUGCGUGCUCAGGGAAAAAUGAGAAAAUACUUAAUGCCUUGAAGACAUUUGGCUGGGUUCAGACUGAGGGAAAGUGAUGAAUGAGAGGAGGGAGCAGGGAGAGAUUUGGGCAGCUAACACCCGAGCUUACCCUUCCACUUGCCACGUAUCAAACCGAAUAAGAAGGACGUAACAGACAACAGGAGACCAGCAGAGAUCAGUCGCCAACACCAACCAUCUUCACACCAUCUCCAGCCAUCUGGGAGGUCAAAUGUUCUGUUGCUGUUUG